AUGUCAAAGUCGGAGACCGGGUUGGACUGGGGUUGGAAUCAGUACUGCAAAACGAGGGAGGUUUAUGGAAAAUCCGAUAUAGAGCGCGGGGGUUUAGGAUCCGCAGCGGUUUGGGACGCAAAAUCUCUCGUCCUUAUACCUGACGAAUUGAGCUCAGCCGAGGCUGCUCCGUUGAUGUGCUCGGGUGCUACCGCUUGGACUGUCUUGACCAAGUACGGAAUCAAACCAGGCCAUCGGGUUGGAAUCCUGGGUAUUGGUGGGUUGGGGCAUAUGGCUAUCAAAUUGGCAGCUGCCAUGGGAUACCAUGUUAUCGCUCUGAGCGGGUCAGACUCUAAAAGAGAAGAUUGCAUGAGCUUCGGAGCCAAAGAGUUCUAUGUGACUAGUGCUGACGAAAUCCGAGAUAUGGAACCUCUUGACCAUCUACUUCUAUGUGGUUCGGUCUCUAUCGACUACACAUUUGUUUUCUCGCUCAUGGCGACGCAUGGGACUAUUUACCCUCUAACAGUAUCUCUCACACCAGUGUCGAUUCCGAUGACGCUUAUGAUUGACAAUGGUCUUCGGAUUCAGGGAUCUCUUGUUGCUUCCUCACAUGAUAUUAGAGAGAUGCUGCAUUUCUGUGCUGAGAAUGAUUUGGCACCUGUUAUUGAAAGAUUCCCACUUUCUAAUGAAGGAGUUCAAGAGGCUAUCGAGGCGCUCAACACUCAGUCAAUCAGAUAUAAAGCAGUCCUUUCGGCACAUGAAUGA